UUUGGGACAUGAAGCAACCAUAACUUUGACUUUACUGAUUAUAUGCAAAUAUUUUGGGUUAUUCAUGCACAGAGAUAUCAUAAAAUGCAAAGAAUAGCCAGAAGUCUUUGCAGGCUUGAACUGUUCAGCACACAUAUUUUAUCUAAGAAAAUGAAGGAAGAGGCAUAGGUGGAAGUAAGACGCCUCUUCUCUCUUUGGCUUGUCACCAUCACUUACUCAUAUAAACUUAAGUGCAGUCACAUCCAAGUGAAUAGAAGACUCUAGAGGCUGCACAGAGAUACAGCACAAAAUCACACCAUGCCGAACUACAAACUCACUUAUUUUAAUAUGAGGGGGAGAGCAGAAAUUAUUCGCUACAUAUUUGCAUAUUUGGACAUAGAAUAUGAAGAUCACAGAAUAGAACUAGCUGACUGGCCUGAAAUCAAAUCAACUCUUCCAUUUGGCAAAAUCCCUGUUUUGGAAGUCGACGGACUUAUGCUUCACCAGAGUCUAGCAAUAGCGAGAUAUUUGACCAAAAACACAGAUUUGGCUGGAAAAACAGAAUUGGAACAAUGUCAAGUUGAUGCUAUUGUGGACACGUUGGACGAUUUCAUGUCACGCUUUCCUUGGGCAGAGAAACAACAAGAUGUAAAAGAUCAGAUGUUUAAUGAACUGCUCACAUGUGAUGCACCUCAUCUUCUGCAAGAUUUGGACACAUAUUUAGGAGAAAAAGAGUGGUUUGUUGGUAGCUCUGUAACUUGGGCAGAUUUCUACUGGGAUAUUUGCAGUACCACACUUCAGGUCUUUAAACCUGACUUGUUGGACAUCCAUCCCAGGCUGGUGACCUUACAGAAAAAAGUCCAAGCCAUUCCUGCCAUUGCUGACUGGAUAAAACGGAGGCCCCAAACUAAACUGUAGGUGAUACAUUACACCUUCAUACUUUGUUGUUCUUCACAUCACUCCCAUCAGAUAAGACAGCUACAGUAGCCUGCCAGAUAAUACACACACUUCCUUCCCUAGCUCCACCAAGACAUUCACUUUUGCCAUAUUCCAUGUAAAUUUGAAAACAAACCAACAAACAUUUAGUCAUUUGCUCGCUGAACAUUUACACACAGAUAGCAAAGCAUGUUGUGCUACCUUCUGGUUUCCGUGAUAAACCCACUUGAUAUUUUAUAAAAAUGGAUGAUCAAGAGAAAACUGGCCAACAAAGCUGCAAAUGCAGCAAACAAAUGAAAAGUUUUAACAUUGAAUGAAAUUCCAACUGAACAUUAAUGGAUUUAUAGAAGAAAUUGCUGACUGUGGUAAUAUUGAAAACUGUCGCUAUUCAAGAGGCUCUGGAUAUGCACCCGGAGGAACUAAGUGAAGGUGAACUUAUCCCAUAAAUGAGGAAAGUGAUUAUGACAAGGAUGAAGAUGUCCCAAAGGAAGUGACAUUAGAAAGGAUGGAAACAAUUUGCCAAGGUAUAGAAAAGAUGCUUGAUCCUACGUUGCACAAUGAGAAGGCAAACUGCUAAACCACACCUGAUAAGUUUUUCACAAAGAAAUAAAACAUUUUAAUUCUCAUUGUUUCUAAUUUUUCAAAUUACAGUGUACUAUAUGUUUUAUUGUUUUUCAUUUACUCAUAUAUUUAUAAGCAAUAAUAAAGUUUUAAUGCUUUGAUAAAAAUGUUUCAGGUUGACAGAACAAUCAUAUUUUUUCCCUAAUGAAGAUUGCUUUGCACUUUGCAGCUUCCAGUCAUUUUUAUAGUUCCUAUGAUGGAAAGUGAGAACUGACUAUAAAUAAGCAAUUUAAAUAGAAAUCUUCCCAGCAAAUACACAUUUAUAUCCUCCCCAUUUUAGAACAUAUAUGAUUGAAACAUCAAAUUUUAGUUUAAUUUACAUGAUAAUAUUAGAUUGUCUAAUAAUGCCAUGUCAUAUACACAAGUACCUCAUGUCAUAUACAUAAGCAGACUAAUGAAAUAGAUGAACUUGCACUUGAAAAGCAGUGCAGAUGAAAAAGAACAUGAAGCUGAAAAGUCAUAAGAAGGGGUGUGAGAAGAAGAAAGCAAAGGAAAAACUCAGCUAGCUAUGAUCUUAAGGUGCUUCUUUCCUCCCAGCAAUGUUUUAUGAAAUGGGAAAAAAAUGUUAAAUACUUUGUAAAUUAUUAAGGAUAACACAUGAAAACAAAAUGUAUUUCUCAAGUAUCUUGCUUGUUUGUAUUCAAGUUUUGUCAUCAUUAGUGGCUGCUAAUAAAUAAAUGAU